AAAAAACAAUAAAACCAUAGUGCACCUUGGAUUAUAGUGUUGUGCUUUAUUCUGUGAAAGUGGCGAUUAUGUUUACAUCAUAGUUGCAAGAAAUGAGACGGAAACGGUGUAUAAUCUCUUCAGGCGUCACGUGGUGACGUGUUGUCUCGCUCUAACAUGGCUAUAGACGACAUCACAACCAUGAGAUACAUACUCUUCUGCCUGCUCUCCCUCACACUGAACCGUAACCUAGCGUUCGUACUCGACAAACAGAACCCCUAUUCGCAGUUUCGAAAAUGGAACGCCGGUUUGAAUGGCACUCUAGAAUUAGAGUUCAAAACUGACCAACCGAACGGUUUGUUAUUGUAUACGGACGACGGGGGUACUUAUGACUUUUUCGAGCUGAAACUAGUGAAUGGUGCGUUGCGCUUGAGAUAUAAUUUGGGUGGCGGUGCACAGAUUAUAACUGUUGGAAGCAACCUGAAUGAUGGACAUUGGCACAAAGUUCAGGUUGCACGCCGAGACGAGCACACGUCUCUGUCAGUGGACGGCAUCACACAGAGCAAAACCUCCCGCGGCAAGGAGUUCGUGUUCGGCAAGUUCAACACUAAUUCCGACGUUUUCGUUGGAGGAAUACCGCCCUCAUAUAACACAAAAUUGACAACGCUGGCGUUACCAUCAGUGAUCUUCGAGCCGAAGUUCCGAGGGUCCGUGAGGAACCUGGUAUACUCCGACCUUCCUGGACAACCUCCGAGGAGACAGGAGUUACGGCACUCCAGGGAUUUGAAGUCAUCACGGAGCAAUGCAAGUGGAGACGCUUGCGAGCGCCGGGACCCGUGUCAGCACGGCGGUGUCUGCAUCAGCACUGAUGAUGGACCAAUCUGCGAAUGUCGAGACGGAGACUAUGAGGGGGCGUUCUGUGAAAGAGACAAAGCCCCGUCGGAGGCAACGUUUCGCGGCGCCGAGUUCCUCUCGUACGACCUGACUCAGACCGGGGGCGAGCCCAUAGUGAGCACCCAGGACGCCAUCUCCCUGUACUUCAAGACUCGCCAGCCUAAUGGAUUGCUUUUCUAUACUGGUCACGAAUCGGACUACCUCAACUUGGCCGUGAGGGAUGGAGGAGUAUCCCUGACCAUGGGCCUUGGGAACGGAAAGCAGGAGAUCCACAUCAAACCGGUUAAAACCAGAUUCGACGACCACCAGUGGCACAAACUGACUGUCCAUAGGAGAGUGCAGGAGAUUACGCCACACACCAGUUUUUGUAGGGUAUCGGCAGUAGUAGACGAUGUUUACUUAGAGCAUUCCCACGUGGCUGGGUCAUUCACCAUGCUGGCCAGCUCCCGAGCCCACGUCGGGGGCUCCCUGAACGCGAGGGCUCUGCCUGGUGCCAGGGUUCAUACGAACUUCAUCGGCUGCUUGAAGAAGGUGGAGUUUUCAGCGGACACCCUGAGAUUGAACCUCAUAGACCUGGCUCGAACUGGCAGCAAACUGAUCACUGUCACAGGGAGACUGGACUACGCCUGCACAGCUGUGGACUCUGCCGACCCCGUCACCUUCACCACCAGGGAUGCGCAUCUGAUCCUGCCGAAAUGGGAAGCGGUGAAAUCUGGAACUGUUUCAUUCAAAUUUCGAACGAACGAACCAAACGGACUGAUUCUCUUCAACAUGGGCGCCAAGCCACCAAGGGCCGAUUUGUUCGCGGUGGAAAUGCUGAAUGGUUACAUUUACGUUCACGUCGACCUCGGCUCCGGGGGUGUCAGAGUCAGGGCGUCAAGGAGAAGAGUGGACGACUCCCAUUGGCACGAGUUCAUGAUGAGACGAACUGGUAGAGAUGGCAGGGUAACCGUUGACGGGGCAAAUGCCGAGUUUAAAACACCUGGCGAAUCCAACCAACUGGAGCUGGACGGCCCUCUCUUUGUUGGAGGUCUUGGGUCGGAAUACUCCGCAUCCAGAACUCCUGCGGCCUUGUGGACGGCCGCCCUGAGGCAGGGGUUCGUGGGCUGCAUCAGAGACCUGGUCCUGAACGGGAAACCUCAGGACCUGACGGCGUAUGCGAGGCAGCAGGAUUCAGCGUCAGUACGGCCUGCGUGUCAUGUUCUGAUGAAACAGUGCGUCAGUUCCCCGUGUCAGCACGGAGGAGUCUGCUCCGAAGGUUGGAACCGGCCGCUGUGCGAUUGCUCCGGAACCAACUUCGGUGGACCCACUUGUGGUAGAGAAUCUCCAACAAUCCACCUGAACGGCAGCCAGCACCUCACAGCAUCUUUAGGGCCGGAGCACAUCACUCAGACCGAAGAACUCAUGUUACGAUUCAAGACAAACAGAGCGGGCUUACUUCUGAGGACGGCGUCUGAACAUUCUGCUGAUCGGAUUGAGUUGUCAGUAGCUGCUGGGAGAGUCAGGGCUAGUGUUAGGCUGGGAGAUAGAGAAAAGAACCUCCUAGCCGGUUCCCAGGUGGCGGACGACGCGUGGCACACGGUGCGGUUCUCGCGGCGCGCCUCCAACCUCAAGCUGCAGGUGGACGGCGCGCAGCCCGUGCGCGCUGAGACAGUUUUAGGGAAAGCUUCAACUUUAGAAAUAUCGACGCUGCAUCUUGGAGGACUAUAUCACCCGGAAGAGGAAAUACAGAUGACGUCAACAUUACCAAACUUUGUGGGAUACCUCCAGAAAUUUGUGUUCAAUGGCAUCAGAUACAUUGAUAUGGCUAAAACUCUUGGAAUUGGGAGUAGUGACGAGCACAAUAAUAUUUAUGAUACAUCUAAUAUAAUUUUUACUGGAAAAUUUGUGAAACCUGACUCGUUGAACGUUUAUAAAUCUGUGACGUUGAAAUCUAAACAUACUUACGUUGGAUUGCCAUUGUUGAAAGCGUAUGCAAGUACAUAUCUAGAUUUUUACUUCCGAACGACUGAGAUGGAUGGCCUCUUAUUCUAUAAUGGCGGAAAGAAACAAGACUUUAUUGCUAUAGAAUUAGUGAAUGGCCAUAUUCAUUGCGUUUUCAACCUCGGUGAUGGAGUAGUGACGAUGAAAGAUAAACUGAAGAACUAUUUGAAUGACAAUAGAUGGCAUACGGUAUCUGUUAGAAGACCUACACCAAAAAUACAUACCCUACAAGUUGAUGAUGAUUUGGAAAUGCAUACUACAAGUUCAAAUCUGAUGUUGGAACUGGAUAGCAUAAUGUUCGUAGCGGGUGUACCAAGAGACAUGUAUUCUUCAUUGCCUGUGGGUGUACUGGCUCGCCAAGGGUUUGAAGGUUGCAUAUCAAGUCUGGACUUGCCUGGUGAAUCACCAUCACUUAUAGACGAUGCUGUUGUUGGCAGUUCUUCUAUUGCUUCUGGUUGUGAAGGGCCAACAAAAUGUACCCACAAUGCGUGUGCAAAUAAAGGUGUGUGUGUGCAACAAUGGAACACCUACGUCUGUGAUUGUGACUUGACAUCUUUCACGGGGCCUACCUGCUAUGAUGACUCAAUAGCCUACGAGUUCGGCCCAGGCCGGGGUAUCAUCACGUACACAUUCCCACCCAGCGCGGUCGCAGAUACGGAGACAGACAAGGUGGCUCUGGGCUUCAUGACUAACAAAGCUGAUGCGGUGUUACUCAGGAUCGAGUCUUCAAACACCCAAGAUUAUAUGCAAAUGGAGAUUAUUCGCGGCAACCUCUUCAUGGUCUACAAUGUGGGUGGUGGUGAUCAUCCUUUAGGUGAUGAAGCAGCCAGAGUUGAUGAUGGCGUCUACCACGUCGCCAGGUUCACGAGGAAUGGCAGCAGGUCGGCGUUGCAGCUGGAUAACUAUGCUGUUAACAUUAGGCAUCCUCAAGGCGGCUCCCAAUCAACAGUCUUCAACGGUAUGUCCACCAUCACGAUCGGCGGCGGAGUGGGGGGUUCCCGGACGUUCAGCGGCAAGGUGGCGGGGCUCGCCGUCAACGGGCUGCGGGUUCUGGAUUUAGCCGCUGCGGGGGAUCCCGCCGUCACGGUGCGGGGGGACGCCAGGAGGGCAUCUUUGGACAGACAUGACGAGAAAAUGCAGCAAACACCACCAUCGGGCUACGGCGGCCCGGGCGUGCUGGACGAGCUGGUGUACUCCGGCGCGGGCUCCGGCUGCCGCGACGAUGAUGAGGACGCGUGCGUUCUACCUGACGCUGGCUCUGGAGAUGAUCUCAUUACUCCCGUCUACGUGCCUUCAACUAGACGACCGCCGUCUAAAGUCUAUAAGGGGGAUACAAGUGGCAAACUGAUGAAGCCGUGUGAUGAUGAAGACUGCAUUGAAGGAUCAGGUUCCAAUGGCGAUGAUGUAACUGAACCAGAACACCCCAUCACCACAUCCGGUGCUAGCAGUACCCACAGUAUGACGUCGCCAACAACGACCGCCAUUUCAACAGCGCACGUGGACAAAUCUCUAGAAGGUUCCACAGAUGGCGCCACUGACACCACUACUGGCAUCAAGAGUAGCACAGACAUGCACACGACUCUACCCGAUCAUGAUAAUAUGCAUGCUGGCACGAUGGAUAGUCCGACGGCGCCUGAUAGAAGAACUACUCCCACUGAUGAACACACCCAUUCUCACCAUUACACCCCCACGAUAACAGGCAGAGAGUUCCCGGACGAAGUGACUCGUACCACUGAGGAGGACACAAAUCACAUUCCCGAUUUUGACGACGGCAGAGAGAAUAUAAUCGAAGGGAGGACUCCGUCGUAUGACAUACCAAUAGAUGUAGGUGGUGGUAGAGGCCAGGAUUAUAACGGCUAUGAUAUAACCACGAAAUGGUAUCAACCCAAAAGUACCGAUAACAGAGUGGUACCGCCCGAGUCGGAGUUUUUCGCGACUAUUGUUGGUAUCGUAGCGUCAGUCCUCAUAGCAAUAAUACUAAUAGUUAUCAUCGUGCUCAAGUACAUUGUGUUCAAACUGCCCUCGUACAAGGUGACGGAGGACAAGAGUUACCAGCAGGGAGCUAGCGCGGCGCUGCUUGGGAACCAGGCCCACUCCAGUUAUCAAAGUGGAGCGUCAAGCGGUAUGGCCGGAGGUGCUGUUAAAAAUCUCCAACCUUUGCCUUUAAAUAGAAACGGGAUGGUCCCGAACACCCCCCUUCCACCUCAGCCGGUGAAACGAGACGGGAUCAAGGAGUGGUAUGUGUAAGAGAAUCAUAUCAAAGACAGUAGUUGAAAUAAGUGAGUGAAUGUAACCAGUAGUGGCUUGGACCCUUGACACCUCGCAAAACCACCCGGCGAAGAUCAUGCAGAAAAAAAUGAAAAUAAUGAAUCAGAAAGCGUGGUUGAUGAUAACGAGCCGAUAUGGAGUAAGCUUUAUAAGACGAUAAUGUAAGAUGAAAUAAUGACUGAUACGCAAGUGUUUAGUAUUGUAAAUAUUAAUUAUUGUAAUGUUAUAGAAAAUCACUUGUGCGAUCAAAUGUGCAAUUUUGAACAUCAAAUAAUCAAUGCCUAUGUGAAACUAGUCAAUCUGGAAUUGUAUUAAUACCCUUGUAAUAUAAAGGUUUUUUUCAAUGUUAUUUUUACUCGGCUGUUUCUGGUGUAUAUUGCUGUCAUUGAAAUCAUGUAAGCGACUUUCCUAUCUAAGCCUUUGAUAGUUUAACUUAUUAUUAAGGAUCACUAGUCAUAUAGUUAUUUAUCAAAAUUGGAAAAGUACAAUCAGUAUGCGUUUACACUUUGUUUGUACUUUGUAAAUAAUUUUCAUACAGAAAAUCCCGUGAUUACAAUUUUUUCAUUUAUACCGCUAAGUGAAAAUGAUAACUUUUUAUUGUAAAGUGUUUGAGUCCAGUUUUGAUAAGUAGCUAUAUUCCAUUAAAUCAAAAAGCGAUACAAUUUGGGCUGCCAUCUUGAAAAUAAAGCAUAUCGUUCUAUUGAAGACUACAAUACUUUUACAAUUUCAAUUAACUUUCCUAUAUUUAUUAGAUCUUAUACAACAUUUUAUCGUUAGUUGGGAUGCGGUGGGUAGCGAUUUAGGAAACGGAAUCAUAAUCAUGAGAAUAAGGACUAAGUUCUAUGGAAAUUAGAUCCAUUGAAUUUUGUACAUUAUCGUAGCGAGCGUAACAACAUGAGCUUGUAGUUUUGGUAUGAACUAGAUUUAUUUUAUGAGCAUUUUCCGUACUAUCCCUUUGCUCAACAACUGUCCUAUUUAAUGUCUGGUAUAAACUCAGCAUAGUUGAAAUUGUAAUCCAUACAUUAAAAAUUAAUAUCGGUAUUUAAACAAGCAAAUGAUAGUAUUUAAUAAAGCAAGGACGAUUGUUAGAAGGUUCGGAGAAUGGUUUAUAGUGUGUCGUAAGGUUCCGCAAAUAUACAUUAAAGUUUCAAAGAAAAAUGAGUUUAUAAUGUGAAAAAAAUAUGAUUAAAAUUUAUCAAUUAAAUUGGUGUUCCUCAAGGUUCUCACCUAUGUCCAAUUUAAAACAUAAAAUCCUUAAAUGUGUAUUUAAUCUUAAUAAUAAUCAUGAUUUUCAUUAGUCAUCUUUAUGUAUCAUUGCUUAUCUUCAAUUUUGGUCCUUACAUAAAUAGAUUUUGCAUGAAGUUUACUGAACAUUAAUUGUUUACCUGCUUGAAAUUUGGUAUAACUAGAAUAUAUGUACCACCGUCCCGUUUUCCUCUUUCCGAUUGAAACUUGAAUUAGCUUUAAUAUAAGACGAAAAAAAAAACAUAUUUAUAUAUAGAUUGUUAUAAAGCACAGGUUCUAGAUAUUUGAAGUUGCAUUUAUUGUAAAUAGUUAACAUAAUAAUAUUGUAAACGGUAUGAUACGGUGUAAACACACUCGUUUUACGGCACAAAAUGUUAGUAUGAACAAUUUGUUUAUCUGUCAAUUUUAGUGGUAAUUUGAAGGUUAAUAUGGUUAAUGAUUUGUAUGUACCGUGUUGCUAUUUAAUUGUAAUUUCUAAAUAAUGUUAUUUUCUACGACACAACUGUGCACUGUGAUUUGUAAUAAUUUUUAAUUGUUUUAAUUAUUUCAUUGUUUAAUUUGAAUUUGUAUUUAGAAUUUAUGUUAAUUGUACUUUUUGAGUUGACCUUUCGUUUUACAUGUAAGAUAUUCGAUGCUGUAACUUUUUCAAUGGUAUUAAUUUUAUUUAUGUUCUUAGAUAUUUCAAUUUCAUCAUCAAUUAUCUGUGUUGUGUAUACCGCAGUAACAGUUGUGUAUCUGGGAAGUGACGCCAUCAUCACAUUUUCUUUCUUACCAUCAACUGGAGUUGUUAUAAACUCGACUUCGGUCGGACCAAGUUUUGUUUUGUGUAAA